UCGGGGGACAACUUUGAGGAUUGGUACGAAUUUAAUCUUUCCAAUUUUCCCCAAAUUUGAUAUAGAGGGAUAAAACGGAGCAUCCGACCCGACUCGGGAUGAUAGUGACGUGAUGACGUGGCAUGAUUUGUGAGCAAAAAGAUCAACGUCAGCUGCUGCCUAUGGUGACCCUAACGAUCUUCUCUUUCUUCCCCAGCAAAACAUCGUCUUCUUAUAUUUAAGCCGAAGCCAAAAACAGGAAAAAUUGAAUCUGAAUUUGCAGAUAGAGUGUCUGAUUCGGCAACUGAUCAAAUAUGUCAUACGAAGAAGUUGCUGUUGGAGCAAUUAGGGAUGCUUUAAAGGCUCUAAGAAAGCGGCAUUUAGUGGAGGAAGGGGCUCAUGCCCCUGCUUUCCUUGCCCUCACUCGGCCUCUCGUUUUGCAGGGUUCAGAGUGGAAAGAGAAAGCUGAAAAUCUUGAAGUGGAACUUCAGCAAUGUUACAAAGCUCAAGCACGUCUGUCGGAUCAGCUUGUGGUGGAAGUAGCUGAAUCAAGAGCAUCAAAAUCUUUAGUUCAAGAGAAGGAAGCUAUCAUUACUGACCUUCAGAACGAGCUAAACGAAUCAAGGGAUGAAUGUUCUCGUUUAACUGAACUUCUUGCGGAAAAGACUAAAGCUUUGGAAUUGAUUAUGGGUGAGCACCAGGACCUUAAAGCACAACUUGAAGCAAUGACUCUGAGAGCAAACAAUGCUGAGGCAGAAAAUAAAACGUUAGUUGAUCGUUGGAUGCUGCAGAAGAUGCAGGACGCUGAGCGCCUUAACGAGGCUAAUGCUCUCUAUGAAGAUAUGCUGGAUAAGGUCAAGGCCACCAGUAUAGAGAAACUUGCUCGUCAACAAGUGGAUGGUGUGGUCCGCCAAAGUGAAGAUGGUGCAGACUUCUAUGCAGAAUCUUCCCUUCCUAGUAUAUGCAAGCAAAGAAUCCCCGCCCAUGAUGGUGGAUGUGCCUCGAUUCUUUUUGAGUAUAACUCCAGUAAAUUGAUAAGCGGUGGGCAGGACCGGGCAAUUAAAAUGUGGGAUACUACAAGUGGAUCAUUAAGCAACAGUCUUUACGGUUGUCUGGGUUCUGUCCUCGAUCUUUCCAUUACACAUGAUAACAAAUACAUCAUUGCAGCAAGUAGUUCAAAUAACUUGUAUGUGUGGGAUGCAAAUUCAGGCAGGAUACGACAUACUCUUACUGGGCAUGUAGACAAAGUUUGUGCUGUAGACGUGAGCAAAUUUUCAAGUCGAUACGUGGUGAGUGCUGCGUAUGAUCGUACCAUAAAAAUUUGGGAUCUGCAGAAGGGCUACUGUACUAACACUAUUAUCUUCCACAGUAACUGUAAUAGCCUUUCGUUUAGCAUGGAUGGCCUGACCAUUUGUUCCGGUCACGUCGAUGGGAGUCUUAGAUUAUGGGAUAUUCAGACAGGGAAGCUUCUGAGUGAAGUUGCUGCACAUUCACAGGCUGUUACAUCAGUUUCACUCUCUCGAAAUGGAAAUGUAAUAUUAACCAGUGGGAGAGACAACUUGCACAAUCUAUUUGAUAUUCGUACCCUUGAAAUUUGUGGCACUUUCAGAGCGAAUGAAAACCGAGUUGCAUCUAAUUGGAGUCGUUCCUGUAUCUGUCCAGAUGACAGUUAUGUUGCUGCUGGUUCUGUUGAUGGAUCUGUUCAUAUUUGGUCAGUAGCAAACGCUAAAAUGGUAAGCACUUUGAAAGAACACACGGCCCCUGUUCUAUGUUGUUCAUGGAGUGGUCUUGGUAAACCUCUGGCUACCUCGGAUAAGAGUGGAAUCAUAUGUAUUUGGUCAUAGUAUCACUUCAGAGUUCGGAAUGCUCUAGUGUUGAGUAGUGACAAGAUUGUUCAGCCGUUAUAGAUUGCUCAGUAAUUCAGCUUUCAGUCCGGAUCUUGAGUGUGUCAGUGUUGAUUUUAGAUGUGAAAGCUCAAUUUAAGACAUCAUAUUGACUGUGAAGCCAUAAAUGGGUAUCCUCCAUCCGAAGAUCAUGCCAAAAGGCUGACAUUGUAAAUAAAUUAAGCUUCUAAGCUGAAAAAGUAGAAAUCUUCAAUUGAUAUUGAUUGGAAAGUAGAUAUUGAUUGUCAAAUGUUCAUUAUUCAUGGAAAAAUAAGGUGGUCUUUCGUGGUGAUAAUUUUCAUGUGUA